AUGGUGUCCCUGCCUCUGCUGGCCCCUGCAGAUUUGGGUGGCCGUGCCCCCCAUGUGCGCCCCUCCCCGGCCUUCAUGCAAGGCCCCCAGCCAGGGCGUCCCCUGUCCCCCAUGAGGUAUUCCCCUGUCCCGCCCGCGCUGUCCACAGCAGAACUCCCCCGCCUCGUCGCAGAGGUGGGCCCCCAUGUGGCCGUAGGGGACUGCGCAUGGAUGGAGGGGCCCCAGCUCAUGGCCUCUGCUUUAGGGGUCCAGAUCCCCCUGAGUGCCAGCCAGCUGUCCUGUGAGGAGCUUACAGUGGAGAGUGUUACAGAGGAAGAAGUACCUGAAGAGCAGAAGAAGCCCAUGGCCAUUUUAAAUGCAGUGGGAAAGACUGAGACGGCCAUUUUAAAUACAGUGAGAAAGACCGAGCUGCUCAGGCUGGGGCCGCUGACGGGGAUGGAGGUGGCGGACAUUUUCAUGAAGAGGAAACACGUGGGGAAGCUUCAGUUUGUUCACCUAAAGGCCAUGGAAGGCGGCGCUUAUAGGCCCUACGACCUGCGCGUGGUCCCCCACGACCGGACCGGGCCGGACCACUACAUCUUCUCCCCGUCCUCGGUCCUGCACGUCCGGGACGGGUGCAGCGUGGGGUUCCAGACCCUGGAAGAGUGGCAUCGGGAAGCCCUGCUGUGGACCCUGCUCAGGGGCCUCCCGUUCUUCAGGCUCUUCCGGCUCCGCAGAGCCUUCACCCGGUGGCGCAGGACCGUGCGGAGGGCCCUCCUGUGCCGCACUGGCAGCCUCCUGCAGGAGCAGCUGCUGAUUUCCGUUCCUCAGUUUAGGGAGGCCCUGCUGCAGGUGUCCAGGUUAAUUGAGGAGCUGAAGAAGGUUCACUGGCUGCCCCAGGAUGACUCCCACACCUACACGCUUCUGGAGUUCCACAGCGCCCUCAUGAGGCAGAAUAAGGAAUCGCGGGCACUGCUGGAGAAGUUUCUGCAGUACCGUUCGCUUAUAUUGAACAUGGUGCAGGAGGACAGCUACAGGGCCCAGCAGCACUUCCAGCAGCAGGUGGAGCAGGUUCAGGUGAACCGGCCAGAUCAGCCCCUCCACCUGCAGCGUGCCCACCAGCAGCACCUCCACCAGAGGCAGGCCCAGGCCCAGAGUGCACUGCAGCGGCUGGGCAACAUGGCCGCCCUCGUCAACCACAUGACCGUCCAGUGCCUGGCCACUGUCGCCCACCGCGAGGUUGCCCACUUCCUCAGAAAUGUCGUGACGAGGAGCCAGCCCCAGCAGGGGGGCCUCUUCCUGAUGGAGCUGGCUUUCGGGGCGGAGGCUCAGCUCGCCCUGGUCCCCCCUGUGCACCUGCUCCAGGAGGCCCUGCAGGGGGCGCUGUGCUCUGUGGCUGAUUCUGUCCUGCAGGUGAUUGAUAGUAACUUGUCUGGGUCAAAAGACUCCAUCUCUGAUGCUCCUCAGGACCUGACCUCAGACCCCACACUGCCCAGUAAUAAUGAGGUGGCUGGCACUAUUGAUCCCUGGGCGGGACAUGUCAUGCCGCGCCCCCAGUCCCGUGCCAAACUAGUGCUGGCCAAUGCGUCCACCCCGAGGGUGGAGGGGCAGAGGCUGAAGGGGCACUACUGCCCCCUGUCCCGCCCGUCUCUGGAGAGGCAGCUGAGCGCCAGCGUGGGCGAGCAGGCCGCCCAGGCAGACCUGGAGAGAGUCACACAGGGGGCGCUGCAGGAGGUUGAGGGGCUGUGUGACAGGUUCUCCUGGCUGGGGGAGGUCCACAUGAGCUGCAGCCAGUGGAGCUCGGCCAGUCUGGAGGCCAUGAGGGGGUGGCCCUCCCAACACUACCAUGAGCACCUCCAGAGAGGCCGGGACUGGGCGGAGAGGCUGAGCACUCUGCCUGUCUGUUUCACCACCUCCAACCGACUCGUCACUGUACGCUGCAGCCACAUACGGGAGGACCUAGCUCCUCAGCUGGCCUCCAUGGAGGAGGAGGUGCUGUCUCUCCUGCAGGAGGAGGUGCAGCGGCGCUCGGAGGCCUUGGUGUCAGAGCUGAAGACGGCGGCUGAUUGGCUGAGGGCCGAGCCCGCUGACCUGGACGGCUUCUGGCAGUACGCCAGCAGGGUAAAGCGGUGUGAGGGGCUGUGUGCAGACCUGCAGACUCAGACGCAGUACCUGCAGUCUCUCCAGGAGACCCUAAGCUCCAGCUCCAGGCCCCUGAGCCAGAAUGAAGCGGUGCUGGAGGCCCUGGUGCAGGACAGCUGGAAACACUUCCUGCCGCUGCUGCAGCAAGCUGGGGAGACGGUUAGGCAGCACACACCUUCGAUGGCCGUCACCCUGGACUGUACUGCUUCCUCCCUGACCCACAAGCUGCAGGGCCUGGUGGCCCAGGCCACCUCAGGUCCCUACACGGACCCCUCCCAGGAGAGCGCUGUCAUGGUGGGCCAACUGCAGUCCAUACACAGCCAGUUCUGCACCGUCGCUGCGCAGCUGGAGCAGAUGAGGGAGGCCAGCGUGGUCAUCGGCGAUGGUGAAAAUCCCCUUGAUAUAUCCUUAGUCGUGGAGGAGAGGCAGAAGUUGGAAGACCGCAGAGCAUUGUGGGAGCUGCUGAGAGUGUCUGCUUCUUACAUUCAUGAGUGGAGACAGCUUCUUUUCAGCAAGGAGAAAGUGGACAGGUGGCUGCAGCAGGCCAUGUUGUUGAAAAGGACAGUUCCUCCCUGUGACAUGGUGCUUAAGCAUGUUCUGCAGCUCCUGGAGGGCUUCAGGCAACAGCUUCCCCUGCUGGCCAAGCUCAGCAGCCCCGGGCUCGGACACAAACACUGGGGGAAAAUCUUCAAAGGAAUGGGGUUGGUUUUUACCCCAGAGUCGGGUAUGACAGUUGCUGGUCUUCUGUCCACAAACCCGUUGGACCACCAGAACAUGAUAACCAAGGUGUGCCAGGAGGCGAGGGCCGAGGCGGACAUGGAGCAGGCCUUCCGAAAGAUUCCGCAGUGCUGGGAGGAGACGCUCUUCCGCCUGGCGAACUUUCUCCUGACCGUGUGGCGGGAGGAGGAACCGCACCGAGAGCCAGCGAGCGGGAGGACCACUCCCGACAGCCACGGGGCGAAGCACCAUCCCAGGGCACGGCAGUCUCGCGACAGUGGCACCUUCAUCGUCAUUGGGCUGGAGACUCUGCUGUCUCAGACGCAGGGCAGCAUCAUGACUCUCUCCAGCAUGCUGCUGUCCCCACACGGGGUGGAGCUCAGGCCGGAGGUGGAGCAGUGGCUGCAGCAGCUGCAGGAGCUCGAGGAGCUGUUGGAUAUCUGGAAAAGGUACCAGCUGAAAUGGGCCUACCUGAGUAAAAUGUUUCAUGAGUUCGGAGUCAUCAUUCAGAAUCCAGAGGUGUAUCAGCGGUUCCUCCCAGUGGAUGAAACGUACCGGGAGGUGAUUCAGACCAUGUUGCGGCACCCGCAGGUGUUAAACUUUCUGCAGCUGGGGCACGGGCAGCCUGGCCUGCAUGCCUUGCUGGCUGAGGGGCUUUCCACCAUGGAGGGGAUCUCCGCCCAGCUUUUGGACUUCUUGGACAGGCCCCGUGACCAGUUCCCCCGGCUCUGCUUCCUCAGUGACGGGGAGGUGAUGGAGCUCCUCUCCCUCCACCCCACCCCCACCAGCUUGCUCCCUCUGGUGCGGAAGUGCUUCCAGGGGGUGCAGGAGCUUGAGAUAGCCUACAGGGUAAAGGAGAACCCCGAGGAGGAGGAGGACCUCCCCAGUACCCAGCCCUGGGUGAGGGGUGUGUUUGGGGGUCUUGGGGAGAGGGUGCCCUUCCUCUGCUCUGUGGAGCCCAGCUUGGACCCCCUGGGCUGGCUGGGCGAGCUGGAGGAGCAGCUACAUUAUGCCAUGGUGCAGCUCAUGGCAGACUGUGCCAUCGCUCGACAACGGUGUCAGUCACAACAGGGGGGCAGGAAGGGGGACACCCCCACAAAGGAAGCUGUCACACCCCCGUCUCUGUGGGACCUCAUCUCCAGUUUCCCUUUACAGUGCCUCCUGGUGGUGGAAGAAGCGAAGUGGUGUAAGGAGGUUCGGCAGGCUUUCCUGAGCCCAGUGCCGGGAAAACGGGCCCUGUUGAAGUCUCACUAUAACACCAAGCUGCAGAGCUUAUGCCAGCUCAUUCAGGAUGUGUGUGUGGGCCGCAGCGAGAGGUCGGUGGGGUCGCGGCGGCUGGCGGCCUCGCUUAGUGCCAUGGUGCUUCUCGCCAUCAAGCACUCCCAGCAGCUCUCGGGCCUAAUGGAGCUCAAAUGUGAGCUGGAGUCCGCGUUUGAGUGGCAGAGUCUGAUGAAGUAUCACCUCAGUGCGUAUGACCACAGCGGCCCAGUCGGUUUGACUGACAUCGCGAUAGCUGGUCACUCUAUGGAGCUCUCCUGCUAUGUGGAGAUCCUGAGCUCGCGCUUAGCCUACGGUUACGAGUACUUGAGCCCGGAACAUUGGACACUAGUCAACACCACGUCCUCAGACCGAGCAGCCCUCGGGAUCCUCCUGGCCCUCACCUGUUACAGGUGCGGCUUUCUCAGUGGGCCCCGCAUGUCUGGGAAGACAAAGACUGUGGUGCACCUGGGGCAGGCCCUCGGUCGACAUGUGAUCACCCUGCGUUGUUGCCCGGAGACGAGUGCUGGUGUUGUCCUGCGGAUGCUGAUGGGCUCCCUGCAGACCGGCGCGUGGCUUCUGCUGGACUCUGCAGACUCCAUGUCCCAGGGGGCAUUGUCUCUCCUGGGACAGCACCUGUCUGACAUUCACCAAUGCUUCUCAUUUCUGCUUGGUUGUAACCAGCAGCAACCAGGCAAAUCUGAGAUGGAGCAUGAACAGAGAGGAAUAUCCAGGGACAGCAGCAAAGGUAGCACUGAAUCUGUUGACGUGCCAAUAACACUAGGAGGGAAGACCGUUUCCGCCAAAUUGGGUUAUGGCUGCAUUCUCCUCUCAUCAUCCAGGCAAGUGCUUGAAGUCCCGGAGAACCUGCGAACAGCCACCAGACCCGUUUCACUGGUCAAGCCUGACUACAGAGUCAUCGCAGAGGCCACACUGGCUGCAUCAGGCUUCUCAGACGCCACCGCCAUGAGCCGUCGCCUGGUGUCACUCUUCCGCCUGGCCAAAGAUUCGGCUUGUCUCCCAGAAUCCAUCUGUGCUGGUCCCGCUUCCUGGCUUGUGCUCCUAAACAGGGUCCUCACCUUUGCUGGGAUGCGCUUGAACCAGAGCAUGAGAGUAGAGUGGGAGAAAGACGAAGCUCUUGCACAUGACCAGGAGAACCAAAGGCAGCUUCUCCACAUGGUCCUGAGAGCUCCGGAGGGUUUGGGGGAUGGAUCCAAACGGACCCGACCCACCAAAUUCAGACGCGCUAACCAGUGUGUCAUCGUCUUGCAAGCUAUAGCCGAGGAGCAGGCAGUCAUCAAAGCCGUGACGUUGGCUGUGGCGUCGGCCAUUGUUGACCCCGGAAGGGCCUGCCACUUCCACACCAUCUUUGAGGAGAUAUUCCCAGGAGCCCGCUGCCCUGCAUACCGCCUGCAGGGCAGAGAGGAGAAGCAGGAGGCUAUGCUGAAGGCAGCUGUGGAGGAGGAGCUGCAGGAGGCUGGACUCAACCCCAGCCCCUGUGUGCUCUCCACCGCGCUGUCCCUGUACCAGGCCAUGAAGCUCUCCCGGGCCGUGGUUCUGCUGGGCCUGACUGGCAGUGGGAAGACGGCCUGCUACCAAGGCUUGGCCGGAGCUCUCAGGAAGCUGGCGGGCAGGGCGGCGGAGGAGAGGUCUGGCGGAGGCUCUUGUGAGGCAGCCAAGGGUACGGGGACAGAAUCCCUCUCCCCAGCUCCCAGCUGGAGCUCUGUCGACACGGCGGUCAUCUUCCCCAAUGCUCUGACCAUCGGGGAGCUCUGGGGUGGCUUCUGCGGGCCACAGGGCUGCUGGCGGGAUGGUACAAUCACAGAGGCACUGAGGGAGAGCCAGGAGCUCUCCAACGCUGAGUCUUCCACCACCGGCACCUCCGUCCCCAAUUAUACCCCAAGAAGUAGGAAACUGGUUGUGAAGUUACACACGGUAAAGUGGCUGGUGCUGGACGGAGAGCCACUGGGCCAGCCUGGCUGGCUGGACCCCCUCUGCACCCUCUGCGACCCCAAGGACCCCUUCCUGUGCCUCCCCACUGGAGAAAAGCUACGCCCGCCUUGCGAGGAGCUGAAAGUGUUAAUCGAGGCGACGGCCCUGGAGGACGCCUCGCCGGCAGCGAUGACGCAAUGCGGCCUGGUUCACCAUCGCCCUGCAGAGGACCGAUGGAGGUCUGUGUGGAAGGCACAGCUGGAGGCCCUGAACAGGGACCCGGCCCUGGACCACUGGUGCCUCAGGAUGUGGAGCCGGCUGGCAGACGACCUGUUUGGCAGGACCCUCUCCUUCCUGAGGGAGAGGAAGCUCGGCUCCGUCCUGCCUGAGCAAGUUGCGGGAGCCGAGGAGGUCAUACAUGGGGUGCAGGAGGUCAUGUCCUUUAGCAGGGUCUUAUGUGCCCUUAAGGAGCAGUUUGGGAGGAACAGACUGAAAGCUGCAUCUAAACACACAGAUAAGAAAGAGGGGACCUCUGAGACCCCCCAGAAAAUGUCUGUGGCCCUUGUUACCCCCUCAGCGCAGCAGGAGCUGCAGGCCAGGAAUGUUUUUGUGGUGGCCUACAUCUGGGGCUUUGGGGGACACUUGCAUCCCAGACACUGGCCGCAUUUUGAUGAGUUUGCCCGCAGCACCCUGUUUGAGAGCCGGUACAGGGUUGAGGUGCCUGCUGAGGCCUCUGUGUUUGAGUACUUUGUUCAUCUAAAUGACGGGCCUGUGGAAACUCACUGCGGACUCCAGAACAGGAGUGUACAGAUGCCCUGCACCACCAUCCCCCAGUACGAGAGGUAUGUGUUCUUGCUGCGCCUGAUGCUAAAGGCCCGCCAGCCGGCCCUGCUGGUGGGGGAGGUGGGUUCAGGGAAGACCACCCUGUGCAAUUCUGCUCUGGGUCUGAAGCUCCCUCACCUACGCCUCCCUACCUGUGCUCUGCUGAGAGCCGCCCACCUGCGUGCCUUGCUGGAGGGUGUGGGCUGUCAGGCAGCGAGAUUAGACGCCAUGACCACCGUUACCAGGAAACCAGGGCUAGUGCUGUUCCUGGAUGACGUACAUGAUGCCCCCUGCGAUGCCUUUGGAAAGGUGUCGAUGGCACUGGAGACGUUGCGGCAGUGCCUGUCCACAGGGGGCGUGCUCACCUCCGCUGGGCAGCACUUCAGACUCUGCAGCUCUGGAGAGCUCAGCUUCCUGGCCUCCUGUGCCACGCCAGGAGCGGCCAUUUCCCCCCGCCUCUCUCGCCUGUUCUCCGUCCUGGUGCUGCCGGGGCUGUCCGCGGACCUGCUGUUCUCCAUCCACUCCCCCCGGGUGCAGCUGUGGCUGACCGAGCUCCCCUGUGUGUCCGACAUGGCCACCUGCAUCCUUACCGCCACCCUGGAUCUGUACCACGCCGUGCAGCGAGCGUUCCCACCCCGCUUGGACAGGCCCCACUUCCUGUUUUCGCCACACGACCUGCGGAAGGUCUUCCAGGGGAUGUGCCUGUGGAGGUCUCCCUGGGGGGGUGGAGAUGCCCACUGCCUCCGGGCCUCCCUUUCCUCCACGUUUACCGCCACGCUGGGCGUGGUCCGGCUCUGGGCCCACGAGUGCCUGCGUACCUUUUGGGACCGGCUCUGCUCGGAGGAGGAGCGUGGGGAGGUGCUGGCGCUGCUGGCCCAGGUGUCCCAGAAGAACUUUGCCAGCAGGCUGGCUUCCGAGCGCAAAAUGGACACCAAGGAGCGGGAGUCUAACACUCCCGACAUGUCUGCGGCAUGUGAACCUGGAGAGGGAGAGGAGGAGAGGGCAUCAACAAGAGAGGAGUCUCCAACAUCCUCCUUAGAAGAGGAGGAGGAUGAAGAUCACACAGAGACUGGGGAGCUGGACGAGGGCAGCUCCUGUGUCUCAGUCAGCCUGAGUGAGGAGGAGGAAGAGCUUAGUGAGAUUCCCUCUGGAGAACCUGACAUGGAGAGCAUGAAUGGAGAGGCAGUAGAGGGAGAUACUGGAACACUGUCCAGCCCAGAAACUCUGUCUGAAACUUCAAGGGCCCCUUCAGCCUUAAGGCCCUCUCCCCCAAAAGAUGCCAGGCCCCAGGGUAAGCCAAACAGGAAACGAAGCGGGAAGCUCGUCAUCCAACUCCCACAAUGCACCAGUACUGACCAAGAAGCGCAGGCAGAGCAGAGUCCAGUCAGCGCCCGCUUGACUGUGGAGCCAUUGCAGAACCUGGGGGAGUCGCUCCUGGACGUGGUCUACGGUCCAGACCUCUCCGGGCCACUCCAUCUCCAGACUCGACUCCGCAACUUCAAACGCUGCUCCGCUUACAUGGACCAAGAGCUGGAGGCGCUGGUGAAGCAGCUCGCUGCCGUGAUGAAGCUCAAAGAGGAAGAGGAGGGGGCAGAAAAGGACCGAUACGCUGCCAGUUACGGGCUGCACGUGCAGGGGGUGCGUCAGCUCGCACACGCCCUCCGUACUCUGAUCAUACCCGGGGGGCACGGAGUCCUGUUUGGAGCUGCGAAGGGUACAGGCAGGAAGACCACAGUGCGCCUGGCUGCCCGGCUGAUGGGCUACCGACUGCUGGAGCUGCAUUCUGGGAACGAGACAACCGUGUGGGAAACGCUUAAGGAGGCCAGUGCCCAUUUAGGGGUGCGGAGGGAGGGCCUGGUGCUGCUGGUGCAUGAGAGUGCCAGCCAGGUGGUUCAGGAGGAGCUCCUGGUUGCCAUGGCCAACAAGACCUUCCCAAGGCUCUACACCUAUAAAGAGUGGAAGAUCCGCAACCUGGUUGGCUCUCACAGACAUGAAGAAGACCACAGAACAGAGAGGUACUUUCGACAGGUCCCGUGGAAUGUGCACGUUUUCCUGCUGAUGCACCUGACUCCAGGUGGAGAGUGUCCCAGGACGGGGGGGUUCAUAGCCAGAGCCCUGAGCCUCUGCAGCUGUGUGGAGGUGUACCAGUCCUGGACCACUGAGUCCCUGAUUGAUGUGGCCACUCACCACCUGACAAGCUAUCUGCAAAUUCCCAAUCUGAACACUGAAGCAGACAGGCUUUGCCUAGUGCUCAGUCUUUCCCAAGCCAUGGCUGGGGUCCACCAGUCAGCGCAGAGAUACGCCUCAGUCCUCACUCCAGACCUGCAGCCCUUCGGUCCACAGACUUUCAUGGAGUUCCUGUCACACUUCCUGUACCUGUGUGCACACCUGUAUGACGAGGGCAGGUGUCAGGCCAACCGAGUGGCAGCCAUCUUGGGCCGAAUGAAGGAACUGACUGAACAGGCUGAGCGGUACAGCCAGGAGGUUUUGAGCCUGAAGGCAGAGCUCACUGAAGCGCAACAGAGGCAGGCCCAGCUGCAGCGCGCUGUAGAGGCGGGCCGUAAUGCCUGUGAGCGGGCGCGGCAGCACUGCCUCCUGGAGGAGAACCGGCUGGCAGAGCUGGAGGAGGAGCUGCUGGAAGCGCGGCAGAUAUCCCAGGAUGCCUUGGAGCUGGUCAGCCCUCUGUACCAGGCGGCCCUGGAGGCCAUGCAGUCUCUCAGCCAAUCGGACCUGGAGGAGCUGCGGCGGUACAGACGCCCCCCCGAGGGUGUGAUGGUGGUCAUGGACGUGAUCUGCCUGCUGUUCGGCCGGCCCUGCAGCUGGGAGAGCUCUCAGCAGCUCCUGGGGAGGCCCAACUUCCUGCAGGAGCUGGAGUUCUUCGACCGCUCGGCGCUGAGCGGGGAGCUGUUCCGGGCCCUGCGGGAGGCGGUGGGGCGGGCCGGGUUCCGGCCGGAGGCGGUGCGGGAGGUGAGCCGGGCGUGCGAGUCGCUGUGCCGCUGGGCGCGCGCGGUGUACCAGCACGCCCGCGCGCGGCGGGAAAUGGCCCCGCACGAGGCCCGCCGGGCCCUGCUGGAGGCCCAGGCGGCGCAGACCCGCGCGCGGCUGAGAGACGUGCGGCUGCAGGAGGAGGCGGCGCGCGCCCGGCUGGGGGAGGCCGAGCGGAGGCUGCAGGAGGGCCGGAGCGCCUCGGAGGAGCUGGCCGCCCGGCUGCGCCAGGCCCAGGCGCGCGAACGGGACGCUGCCGCCGCCGUCCAGCGGGCGGCGCCACACAUCUCCGACUGGAACGCUUUGGCACGGGAGACGGAGAGGGCGAUUGGGACAGUGCCAGGGGAUGCCCUGACGCUGGCCGCGGCUCUGGCCUACCUGGGCCCGUUUGGGCCUGACGUGCGCUCGGAGCUGCAGGGGAAGUGGCGUGCGCUGUGUGUGACGGGACGCAUCCAAACGGACCCUGCCGACCCCAGAACAGUGCACCUCUCCGCCACGCCCUGCCCCCCUCCUCUGGCCUCUCCCUACGCCCCCGUUCCCCUGGGGGAGGACCCGCAGGCGCCCAUGGCCCGGCUGGUGGGUGGGGUUGAGGGCGCGGGGCAGGGUGUGGCUCCAGCGCUGCUGCUGAAUGUGCUGCUGUGGGGAUACAGGAGCCCCAGAGCUCAACACUGCCCUCUGCUGGCAGACAUAGAGCAGCGGGAGGGCAUAGUGGCCUCGCCUUCCUCAGGCCAGCUCUCGGAGGGAAAGGGACAGAAUGAGUAUGACCUGGUGGUCAGUGCCGACGACCCUGCCCUGCUGGACAGACUGAGACAGGGGGCAGAGAAAGGUCUCACGGUGUUGGUGACUCACGCUGAGCGCGCACAGCCCACCCCCGGCCUCCUGGGGUUGCUGGGGCGACGGGCAGGGCUCCCCCCCGCCGCCCAGCGGGGGUUCACCCUCUUCCUCAGCACCUCCCUGCCUGUCAGAGCUCUGCUGCGCGAGAUCCACCCCUUGAUCUUGGCUGAGGUGCGGGUGGUCGACCUCUCUCUGAGUGGGGCAGAGCUGCAGGAGCUAAUGCAGACCGAAUUGAUGCAGUCCAAGUGCCACCGAAUUUGGUCGCAGAACUGCCAGGCGAGGGAAGAGAAACAGAUGCUUCUGGACAGACUGGAGCAGGAGGAGGUCUCUCUGAUGGACUACGUCCUCCAGUCCUCCGCUCCUCUCCUGCAGGACCCUCAGUUCCUCCCGCGGGUGUCGGCCUGUCAGACCACCGUCUCCGGGGUGCGGAGGGACCUGCUGGACCUGGACCAGGAGCUGGAGGGUCUCCGUCCCGCCCUGGCGUGUUUCGACAGGGAGGCGGAGCCGGUCACGGCCUUCUACCAGGCCCUGCAGGGCGUGGCCCGCCUCUCGCCCCUGUACCUGUUCCCCCUGCGUCACUUCCUGCCCGCCCUGCGGGAGGCGCUGGCCCUGCAGGACACACCCGACCCGAUGUUCGGAGGGGACGCGGGGACGUGCACGGUUUCGGGGGAGGUCCUGGUGGCCCACCUGAUGGUGCACUACCGACCCUGCCUGUUCCAGAGCCACGCUGGCGUGCUGCGGCUGCUGGUUUCCGUGGCGAUGGCCCACCGCGGUGGCGGCUGCUCUGAAGCUGAGAGGGUGGCCUUCCUGCGGGGACUGGCGGACGAAAACAUUCCUGUCCCCACCCAAACUGACCCUGGCCCCACCCGGCCUGCCUUCACCCCUUCCACCCCACCGACACAGCUCCCUACCUGGAUCCCCCCGGCCGUUCAGAGGGAGGUCCUCCGCCUGGAGAGCCUGCCCUCCUUCAGGGGCCUGGUCUCCUCCCUGUCCUCCUGCUCCGAGCAGUGGGCGGAGUACCUGCGCUACCCCUCCUCCACCGUGAUUGGUCCUGUCCAAUGCCCCUCCCACUCCCACCUCUCCGUCCUGCAGCGCGCGCUGCUGUGGAAGACGCUGCUCCCUCAUUGGCUGGCUGCGGUGGCGGACGACUUGGCGGCCUGUCAGCUGGGGGAGGCGUUUCAGACGGCGCUGGCCAGCGCACCGCACCCUGGUACCCCCGAGGCCCUGGCCCAAACUUUAGACAAAGCCAAGGGCCCCGUCGUUUUCAUCCUCUCUGGGCCCAGUGAAGCAGGACCGCCGCCCGUACACCCUCUGCACUGGCUGGAGCAGGCUGCCCGGGGCCUGGAGGACACAACUGUUAAGAAAGUGCAGGUCAUUUCCUUUGGGGCCGAGUGUCUGAGGGGGGUCGUGCUUAAGGCACUUGACUUGGCUGUGCAGGAAGGCCAUUGGCUGGUCUUUAAUAACUGUCAUCUGUUGGACCAAUGGGAUGAGGAGGUGGAGUGUCAGCUGACUCAGCUGGUGUCAUGCACAGACAGAGCGGGGGUGAGAUCGUCCGCCCUGCGUCUGGCGUGCGAUUCCCCCUGGGACCUGGAGGAGGCGCUGCGCGGCUCCCUGCGGCAGGCCGGGUCUGCCGCGCUCUCCCCCGCCGGGGCGGGGCCCCUCCUGCGCUGCGCCGCGCUGCACGCCGUCCUGCUGCGGAGGCGUCGCUACGGAAACCUGGGUCAGGGGCGCGUGUACAGCUGGACCCGAGAGGACCUACAGGCACUGCUGGAGGCUCAGGUUUGGACAGCCAGCCGCUGUGGUGACCCUGUGGGGGCGCUGGAGUACAUAGCAGGCUCUCUGGUGUACGGCGGACAUGUUGAAGACCCCGCAGAUUUGGAGGCGGUGAAGGGCGUGGCUAAGGCGUGCCUCAGACCGCCCCCUCGGCUGUGGGGGCGUGGCCCACACACCCUCUCGGAGCUCGUGGCCAGGGGCCGCUUCGGCCGGAGGGCUUUGCUGCAGGAUGUGGAGCAGCGUCUCCAGGCCUCCUCCCCCAGCUCCGACCCCCUGCUGCUGGGCCUGAGCGCCGGGCUGGCUGGGGAGCUGGUCAGGCUCCAGAGUCACAGGCUGCACCUCCUCCUGCGGGACUCCCAAACCCCCGCGGUCCAGCCCUGCCCCCCUGCCCUCCCUCAGCUCACACAGGCCCGGGACCGGCUGCAGGCCCUGAAGGACACGCUGGAGAGGGGCGGGGGCUGCAGGGUCACUCCCCAAACGCCCCUGGGCCUCUUCCUGCAGCAGGAGUGGGACGGCCUGGUGCGGAGAGCAGCCUCUCUGCAUGCUAGCCUCGCUCAGCCCGGCCGAAACCACACCCCUCACCCCUCGGCUCACACCCUGUCCCGCCUGGAGGUUCGGGCAGAGCUGUUGGGGGCAUAUCUGCGGAGGGAGUCCCCCGGAACCCCGCCCUACGCCUACCGCCUCUCGGCUUUCCACAACCCCCGCGGCUUCCUGACGGCCCUGCUGAGGGAGGCGGCCCGUGCCGAAAAGGGGGACCCCUCCGGCCUCUCCCUCCACUACCAGGUGCUGAGUGCUGGGAUGGUGCCCUCCUCUGCCCCCCCAUGCGGGGCGUACUUGUGUGGACUGGAGCUGCAGGGGGCGCUGUGGGACACAAGGCUGACCGCCGUGCAGGACACGCUGUCCCCAAAGCCCUGCCUCCUGCCCCUCGUCUGGGUACGAGCCCAGACCAGGCCCCCAGAGGAGCCCGGGGGUUCCUCCCCGCUACCCCUCUACCGCUGCCCCCUCUACCUGGACGGGGAGUUUGGGGAGGGGGGUGCGGUUACCCGCGUCCCGCUGGCGGCCAAGCUGGACCCUGUGCAGUGCGCUCUGAGACCGGUGAGGCUGGUCAGCACUCUGGAGGAGGGGCCUCGCCCGUGA